CCAUUGGGGUCUGUACAGGGGUGGACUGACCAUUUGGAAACUGGAGCACUGCCAGAGGGCCCAGAGUCAGUAGGGGGCCCCAUGAGAUGCCCCUGGUACCUUUUUCGUAGGUUUUUUUGAGUUUGGGCAAGGACACAGGGGCCCCAUGAUCCCCUAUUACCCGGGGGCCCCAUGAGUUGUCAGUCCGCCCCUGGUCCGCCCCUGCCAUUGCUCAGUACAAAUCCCAACCAAUUCA